ACGUGUCUGCCUCUCUCUGCUCAUGCUCGCUCCCCUCCAUCUACCGGACACCGCCACCCUGCCGACAUGGCUGCGGCCAGACACCCCAUCUACCUGCUGCUCCUGUUGGCUCACCUCCCCCAGGGCAGCCGGGCGCAGGACCGGAGGUUCUCGGAGCUGAAGCGCUGCGCUGAUCCCGAGUGCAGCAUGCUCAUGGUCCGGGGGAAAGCGCUCAAAGACUUCACCGGCCCCGACUGUCGCUUUGUGAAUUUUAAGAAGGACGAAUCGAUCUACGUGUAUCACAAACUGGACGGGCGGACGACGGACCUCUGGGCCGGGACGGUUGGCACUACGUUUGGAUACUUCCCAAAGGAACUACUCGAUGUAAAACAAGUUUAUAUGAAUGAUGAAAUAGAGCUGCCGGCAGAUGAAACAGAUUUUGUAUGUUUCGAUGGAGGAACAGAUAAUUUUGAUAAUUACAAUGUUGAUGAACUUUUAAAUAAACCAAAAGCGAGCACAGCGGGGCCGGAGAGUUCAGAAGAGAAAGCGCAGCCGGAGGACCGGCCCUCGGAGGACCGGCCCUCGGAGGAAAAGGAGGCAUCGCUACAGAGCCAAGCGGGAGAAACUAAAAGCGACCAGAAGGACCGAGAUCAGGCUGAGCGAGAGGACGAAUCGGAGAAAGAUGGCGAUCUUGUAAAGGAUAAACCUGAAGAGAGCUCAGUGGGUCACUCGGGUAAAGAGGAAAGUGUCGAGGAAGCGUCCGUCGACACGCUUAAUGUAAAUAGUCAGUCUGAACGUACUCAGGAAGACAAAGUUGCACUAGAGCCUGAAGUGCCGGAAACUGCCAAAAAUGACAGCAUAUCUCAGGGAGAAUCUACGGGGUCAGAUGAGAAAAGCAAAACCUUGGAAGCCUACACCCUUCUGGAGGAAAACAUGCUGCAGGGCUUGAAGACGCACAUUGGGUCAUCGGAUGAUGCCGUGGUGACCGACGAUGAGGAGACCAGACAAAACCAGACUUGA